CAGGGCGUCCUGGGGUUGGAGGAAGCGUGGGCGGCGGCGAGUAGAGGCGCCGACGGCGCCGGGCGUGGCUCCGCGUACCCGGGCCAAGUGGGGCGGAGCGCAGACGACCCCAGACACCCGCCUGUCCCGGAGGCCGAGGCCGUUGCUCUGAUCGCUCCCGGGCGGGUGCCUGCCGUCCUCGCCGUCCCGGCGCGCGCCGAGCGCCAUGGCCCAGCCGCCGCCCGACGUCGGAGAGGACGACUGUCUCCCUGAGUACCGCCACCUCUUCUGCCCCGACCUGCUCCGGGACAAAGUGGCCUUCAUCACAGGUGGUGGCUCUGGGAUCGGGUUCCGGAUUGCUGAGAUUUUCAUGCGGCACGGCUGCCACACGGUCAUCGCUAGCAGAAGCCUUCCCAGAGUGUCAACGGCUGCCAGGAAGUUGGUUGCUGCCACCGGCCAGCGGUGCUUGCCUUUAUCUCUGGACGUCCGAGCCCCCCCAGCCAUCAUGGCUGCCGUGGACCAGGCACUGAAGGAGUUUGGGAAAAUCAACAUUCUCAUUAACUGUGCAGCUGGAAACUUCCUGUGCCCCGCCAGCGCGUUGUCCUUCAAUGCCUUCAAGACUGUGAUGGACAUCGACACCUUGGGCACCUUCAACAUGUCUCGCGUGCUCUACGAGAAGUUUUUCCGGGACCAUGGAGGGGUGAUUGUGAACAUCACUGCGACCCUGGGUGCCCGGGGGCAGAUGCUCCAAGUGCAUGCAGGCUCAGCCAAGGCGGCUGUGGAUGCAAUGACCCGGCACUUGGCUGUGGAGUGGGGUCCCCAAAACAUCCGUGUCAACAGCCUUGCCCCUGGCCCCAUCAGUGGCACGGAGGGGUUGCGGCGGCUGGGUGGCUCCCGGGCCAGCAUGAGGGAGAACGUCCUGGCCAGCCCCCUGCAGAGGCUGGGGAACAAGACGGAGAUCGCCCACAGUGUUCUCUACCUGGCCAGCCCUUUGGCAUCCUACGUGACCGGGGCCUUGCUGGUGGUUGAUGGCGGGGCGUGGCUGACAUUCCCUAAUGACGUCAAGUUGCUGGCGGAUUUUGCAUCCUCUGCUAAGCUCUAGGAGGCGGGCGCUGGUGCCCCUCGGUCCUCCCGCAUGACCCUGGCAUGUGCUGGCAUUUCUGGCAGCCUCUGGAUGCCUGAAGCAAAGGAGGCGUCCUGAAGGGGAAGCUGGUCCGCAGCUCACUCUUGGAUUCCUGGGAAGCUGUGACGAGAAAACUGCUGUUCUGAGUCUCUGCCUCUGCAUUUCACAGUGUGACGGCCUGCUCGCAGAAGGGCCUGAGCUUAGGAUUCCCGCCAAAAAUUCCUGCUUUGCCUUCCCCGGGGCACCUUUUAAAAUAACCAUUUUUGGUGCCGGCCCCGGGGCCGAGUGGUUAAGUUCGCACUCUCUGCUUCAGGACCCACAACUAGAGUAUGCAACUAUGUACUAGGGGGCUUUGGGGAGAAGAAGAAGAAGAGAAAAAGAAGAUUGGCAACAGAUGUUAGGUGCCAAUCUUUUAAAAAAUAAAGUAAUAUUUAUAGUUAAGGCCAUGGGAAGUUAAUGACCUCUGCCCCAACCACCGUAUACGUGACAGGUGCUUGCUGCUCUGCUCUCUAUCUCCUGCUCCCUCGUGACCUGGGAUGGGAGGACUGCCCUUCCCUGGCUCAUUGCCACCCCCUCCCCCCAUUCUGGGAUCUAUAAGUAAUAAAUCCUGUGACUGUA